AUGGCAGAUCCUAUUUCACCGGCUACCUUACGGGGAGGCCAAAGGUACGUUUUUAAUCCCCAAUCUAUUAUUUGUUCUAAACGCCGGGCGGAAGAGCAAGUGGGUGCUAGGUUGAUAGCUUUUGCGGAUCGUUGGACGGUGGUAACGGACGAUAAAUGGAUCCUCGAUAGUUUAUCGCAUGGCGUUAAACUCGAUUUCAGCAUUUCACCUACUCAUCGCACAAUUCCUGUCUCUGUUGUAAUGCCCAAAGAGAUGGAGGCAGUUUGUGACAGAGAAGUGAGGGAUCUUGUCAGAAAGCGGGCUAUUAGAGAAAUCACUGACGGGUCUGAAGGGUUCGUUUGUUCUUUAUUUGUGAUUCCCAAAAAAUCGGGUGGGUUUAGGCCUAUCAUUAAUCUGAAGCCCUUAAAUCAAUUUAUUCGGUACGAACACUUCAAGAUGGAAAAUCUAGAAUCGGCUCGUUUUCUUUUACCAAAAGGGGAUUGGAUGGUUAAACUAGAUUUAAAAGACGCCUACCUGACGGUGCCGGUUUGUGCUGCCCACCAAAAGUUUUUGCGGUUCCAGUGGAAGGGGCGUUUAUUCCAAUUUGCCUGUCUGGCCUUUGGUCUGGCUUCCGCGCCAAGGAUUUUUACAAAAAUUCUCAAGGUUGUCAUGGGUUUUUUGAGAAAAAAGGGCGUAAGACUGAUAAUCUAUUUGGAUGACAUCUUAAUUUUGAAUGUGUCUGAAGAAAGCACAUUAGGGGAUCUUAACGUAACCAUCCAGUUGCUAAAACAUCUGGGUUUUUUAAUAAAUUGGGAAAAAUCCGUGUUGGUCCCUACGCAAGUCCUAGAAUAUCUGGGGCUAGUAAUCGACUCGGUUCGAUUGUCCUUCGCCUUGCCAAACAUCAAAGUAAAAGCAGUUAAGAAGAUGUGUGAGGCGGCGCUUGCGGCGGAAUCAAUUUCUUUGCGAAAGAUUGCGUCUAUCAUGGGCAACGUUACCUGGGCGAUCCCAGCGAUUCCAUACGCUCAGGCGCAUUACCGUAGAUUGCAAUGGUUCUACAUCAAACAAGCGCAAUCGGCCAAUUUCAAUUUAAAGACUAGAUGCUCACUUUCAGCGGAAGCUCGUGAGGACCUGGAAUGCUGGGUGUUUAAUCUAAACAAAACCCAAGAUAAAAUUUUCUUUCCCCACACACCAGAUCUCGAGAUUUAUACAGAUGCGUCGCUAUCAGGUUGGGGUGCAUGCUGUGAUGAAAUCAGAACGAGAGGAUCUUGGACGCCAGCGGAUAUAAAAAAGCACAUUAACGAGCUCGAACUAUUAGGAGCGUUCUUUGCGGUACAGGCGUUCGCUGCUCAGUCUAAGAAUAUCUCAAUUAGGGUAUUCUUGGACAAUUCGACAGCUGUAGCCUAUAUUAAUCAUUGCGGGGGUUCUCGAUCUCAGGCCCUGACUAACGUAUCUGCCCAGCUUACAACUUGGUGCGAGAACCGCGGCAUAUCGUUGGAGGCGGUUCACGUAGCGGGCAAAUUAAAUAUCAUUGCGGAUGAAGAGUCACGAGCCGGGCCAGACGCCGGGGAUUGGAAGUUGGAUCCGCGCGUUUUCAAGUGCAUUCAGGAACUAUGGCCGUCAGUCGUUGACGCUUUCGCAACACCUUGGAACGCACAGCUUCCAUCAUUUAUUUCAUGGCAUCCGCAACCUGGCGCAAUGGCAACAAACGCCUUUUCAGUCAAUUGGAAAGGGUUGUUGGCUUACUGUUUCCCACCAUUCGCCUUAAUUUUCAAAUGCUUAGGAAAGAUCAGGCGGGAAAAAUCUGUAGUGGUUUUUUUUUGUCCAGUUUGGAUAGGCCAGCCGUGGUUCCCGUUAUUGCUGGAGCUCUCCUGCGACGUCCCACGUCUUCUUGCGCCGUCUCAGACCCUUUUGAAAUCAGCACUGGACGAAACUCACCCGCUUACCUGGAACAAUGCGCUGCACUUGGCCGUCUGGAAGCUGUCAGGAGACAGUAACUUGAGCGAGGAUUUUCGACAACGGUGGUCGACUUACUCAUGGCCGGAAUUAGGCCCAACACCCAAACCGCUUAUGAGUCAGCAUGGAGAAAUUGGGUGCAUUGAUGUAUGGGGAGGCGUUCGAAUCCCUUCUCAAUUGUUAUAG